CAUAAAAGUGGAAUUUAUCGUUUCAGUCAUUCAUAUGUUCGAAAUAUAUGAAUGCACAAAUUAUUCAAGAGACGGAUUUCGUCCUCUCUCCUACAAUAUCUUUUUCUUUGCUUUUUGUUGAUGGUGUUUGUCAAAACACAAGCCAGUCUUUUAAAGUUUGAAUAAUUCAUGAGAUAGCUUAUAAUUUGCCUGCAUUAAAAAAAGUUUCUGCAAAAGGGAGGGGGUGAUCAGCAAACGUAUUCAUAAGGUUAGCGGAAUGGCCACAGCGGCUUCCAACCCUUAUCUACCCAGCAGUAGUAUAUUAUCGUCCGGCUCGAUCGUGCACUCGGACUCCGGAGGUGGGAUGCAGCAGGGCAGUGCUGCGGUAACCUCAGUGUCCGGUGGGUACAGAGGAGACCCAGCAGUUAAAAUGGUACAAAGCGAUUUCAUGCAGGGCGCAAUGGCAGCGAGCAACGGGGGACAUAUGCUGAGCCACGCUCACCAGUGGGUGACGUCCUUGCCUCACGCUGCAGCGGCGGCUGCAGCUGCCGCAGUGGCCGCAGCUGAAGCCGGAUCGCCUUGGUCGUCUAGUCCCGUUGGAAUGACAGGCAGCUCGCAGCAGCAGCAGGACGUGAAAAAUAACUCGGGGAGAGACGAUUUGCACUCUGGGACUGCGCUGCAUCACAGGCCCCCACAUUUAGGUCCCCACCAGACUCACGCGGGUGCCUGGGGUAGCACAACCGCUGCCCACAUCCCUUCUCUAACUGGGAGCCAACAGCAGCAGCAGUCCCUCAUAUACUCGCAGCCUGGAGGCUUCACGGUGAACGGCAUGCUCAGUCCGCCGGGCAGCCAGAGCCUAGUACACCCGGGUCUGGUGCGCGGCGACACGCCGGAGCUCGAUCACAGCAGCCACCACCACCACCAUCACCACCAGCAUCAACAUCACCAGCAAGCACACCACGGAGUGAACAGCCACGACAAGCGCAAGAAGCGCACCUCCAUCGAAGUGAGCGUCAAAGGUGCGCUGGAGAGUCACUUCUUGAAAUGUCCCAAGCCUGCGGCCCAAGAGAUAACCUCUCUAGCGGACAACCUGCAGCUGGAGAAGGAGGUGGUGAGAGUUUGGUUUUGCAAUCGGAGACAGAAAGAGAAAAGGAUGACGCCCCCAGGAGUGCCGCAGACGCCGGAGGAUGUAUAUUCUCAGGUCGGCAAUGGACAUUUUUUAGUAGAUUACUUAAAAGAUGCAAGUUUAACUGGGCCGAGCGAACCGGGCGACCAGAGGGUGACAACUACAAGUUCGUUCCACCAGGUAAUAUUGGCGCAUUAACUUCAACUGAAAAAUAACAGAAAUUAGAGAUGAACAACAACAUCUUUGCCCCCCUACCGUGUUGUACCAAUGUCUUGUUUGAGAGGCAAAAGACGCAAGGCAAUUGUGUGUGUUGUUAUGGGACAUUAAACCUCAAACAAAGGGAUGAAAUUCAACUGAAACAAUGCGAAGAACAGUGGCAUCCACGACGCUUCCAUCCAACUUGGCAGAGAAGACUGCAUGGUUUGAUAUUAUCCAAAAAUAUGGAAUGGAUUUUUUUUUCUGGCCUUCCAAUUCUUACAAAAACAACAAAAGACUGCCCUCCGUUUCUGAUCUCCAAGAUCACAUCUUUUGAUUUUUUUUUUCUUUUUUUAAUGUAAAGAACUUAAUCUUACGUGGAGUUUUGAGGACAAAUUUAAAUCAAAGAUGACUUUUGAAAAGACUGAAUAUUACGCAGCUGCACCUCUUUGAAAAUCUUCUGUGCGAACAUCCGUUGCCAAGUGGGCCAGAGCUGGUGCUGUGGAUGUUUUCAUGUGCUGCCAUUUCCGAGCAGUAUUCUUUGGUAGGUUUUAAUAAACAAGACUAUGUAAAGCCGGCAAUAUAGAUUCAUUAGAUCAGAUGCUGAUCGGAAUUAUUUACUUAAUAAAUUUCAUUAAAAUGCUUUGUUUUAAUAUUUUAUUCGGGAUACAUACGAACUAUUCCAAACAGUUAUUAUUUAUUUCCCCCAGACUUGUGUAAAAUGUUUUCCCUGUUUUCGUUGUUGACCUUAUUUGUUUUGUUUAAUUUUGUAUUCUCAUUUUUAAAAGAGCACAAAUCUACACGAGCUGACUUUGACAGUAGGUAAUAAGGGUAUAUUUUGAUG